AUGGCAAUGGAUUCCGCAGCCGCAAUGAUGUCUGGUCGCCGGUGGCUUCACACGAUUCGGCAGCCCUCCGAAUUCACAACGGUCCGCGUCAAAGCCACGGUGACCGAGCCUGAGGAGGGUGCCGUGCAGCAAGGCUCCACAGGCAGCAGCUGGUCCAGCACGGACACUGACAGCGAGGUCAAGCUGAACCGUGUCCAGCUGCGAAUGGCCAAGAUGGAAGCCUCCCAG